AUGGCGCGAAACGAGAAUGCCUCCUUGGCUGAUGCGCAGCACGGUGCCGGUGUCCAGGAUGCAAACAUUUCAAGACGUCGCAAGUCGCUCCCUGGCCGUUCAACUAGUCUACCGCGACAGCACCAUCAUCGACCAUCCAGCCAUGUGCCCGCUAUGCCUCCAGCAUCUCCAGAGGUCAUUUCGUCGUUGAUAUCGUCGUUGUCUAGCAUCUCGAGCCCUGCCCGAACUCAUUUCGAAAGUUUCCCGCAUAUCGGCGCACAUACAGCGCCGACCUCGCCGAACCUCCAACAGGCUGAAUUCACCCAGCAAGAAGGCUUUGGCGUCGACUACGGCGCAUACAAAACCCCAGCGGACGCUGUCGAUAGUCCAUUCUUGCAUCCCGAUGAUGCUGCUGUGUCGCCUGUAGUUCGCAUGGCUCCGGCUCCGCAGCCUGCUUCACCUCGCUCCCCGCGGUCGCCUAGAUUCAAGACAAGCUUUGGGCGGGAUCGCUCUCCGCUACGGCCUACAUCGAAAAGCUCUUUUAAUUCUUCACAAGCUGCCAUUGACGACCAAUCGUUGUCUGGCUUUGGGAUCGUCACGUCGGAGCCAGGUCGCCGAGUUUCCCGCACUGCCAGUCUUGCGUCUUCGAGCUCGGGUGGCCGGAGGAGCUUGAGAGGAUUGUUGAAACGAGACUCUAGAGAUUCAUGGCAGGAUAAGGAAGCCGAACGCAGUUCUAAAUCUUCGGCGUAUAACGAGAACCUCAAACCGAAUAUUGCUCGCAGUCGGACCAGCCUUGUAACAAAAAACUCAAUGGCAGAUGUUGCUGAAGAGGGAGCAGGAAACUUUAACCCUGCGGAACACCUUCGCUUCCGAAAUGACAAGGAUGCUGCAGAACCCACACUAUCAUCGUCACACCAAACGUCGGGCAUGGCGCUAUCUAGCCCUGGAGGGAUUGGCAGCGGAUGGGUGAUUCCAACGCGUGAAUCAUCUCUUCGACAUAGCUUCAACAGUAAGUCUACUGCUCGAAGGAGCCGACAAGGACAAGGACGGCCAGCAGAACACCAGUCAAGCGGUAAGGAGCGAAGUCGCCAUGUUGAUACGACGAAAAAGUCCGAGACACGGAGUAGCGCCACCGAACAAACAACGAAGCGGAUUCAGCAAGUCAAGGAGCAGCAGAAACGAAUCAAAACCGAACUGGCAAAGGCCCAGGAAUUACCGGCUGGUCGAUCGUCACUGGACACCCCCAGUACUCUUGCCAAAGUGAACCAGCAAUCUGCGGCUGAAGCAACAUCUGCUCGGUUAACGCAAGACGACGUAGUGAUCUCUCGGUAUCUGAUUCAUGCAGAGACAGAUCCUUUGGAGGAAAGUGCACCGUCUCCAGCUAUUCAGACUCGGCGGACCAGAGACAAAAAACGAGAAUCUCUUGAAAAACCAGAUGUUCCGCUUAGCCCGUCCGUCUCAAAGUCUCAUAAGCGGCAUUCCUCUGGGGCAUUCACGUUGGCCCGUCCCUCAAUAGCAGAGGAUCGGCCUUCUAGCGCUGAUUCCAUUGAUAUGGCUGUUGACUCAUUUCUGAUGGCUUUUUACGAUGAGUUGGCGCGGACUUUGAAAUUGCGUUUGGUUACACUUGACCGACCUGGGGUGGGUGAGAGUGAUCCUAGCGUGGAAGGCGAAGGGACUCCUCUGACAUGGCCUGACGACGUUGCGAUUGUUUGUAAUUAUCUCAAAAUUACCAAGUUCUCUAUCCUGGCGCAUUCUGCCGGGGCAAUAUACGCGUUAGCGACGGCGCUACGAAUACCACAACAUAUUCGUGGCCGUAUACAUCUGUUAGCGCCUUGGAUACCUCCGUCGCAGAUGACGAAUUUGGGCACGCAUAAAGAGCCGCUUCCCAAUAACGCGGUACCGUAUUCUCAGAGAAUCCUACGAGCUCUCCCAACGCCCAUCUUGAAGGUCGCGAAUUCAAGCUUCAUGAAUGCAACGAGCAGCAGUAUCACGACCAGUCUGCCGAAAUCACCGCGACGAAGCAACAAAAGAAAGAGUAUCGGGCGAGAGACAGUGGCACCUACGGUGUCUGAACUCACAUCAAAUACGAACCAAAACGACAACACGUCCAAUAGCCAUGCAGCUACUACUGCUGCAACAAUAGCAACAGACCAGGCACAAGGAGAUCCACGACACUCCACUUUCUCGCAGACGUCAACGACCAGCCGCAUGACGGCAGCAGAGGAAGCGGCGAUUCUCGCGGCGCAACAAAAGGAGCGACAAACGGAAUACGACACACGCUUGACAUACCGCAUUUGGGAACUGGCAACGAGCAACGCCAAUCCGGCUGUUGACCUUUUGGUUUGUCUAGAACGGCGACAAACAAUCGGAUUCCGAUACGUAGACAUCAAUCGUGAAGUCGUCAUCCAUCAUGGGACCAAAGACACGCGCGUCCCCGUUGAUAAUGUACGGUGGCUAGGCAAGACCAUGCGUCGAUGCGAAGUGCGUGUGCUCGAUGGCGAGGGACAUGGUCUUAUGGCCUCGGCUGUGGUGAUGAGCAAUGUCCUGACAGAAAUGGCAAAGGAGUGGGAAGACUGGACGACUGUUGUACAAGGAAAAGGAAGGGCAAGGAGAACUACUAUUACACAUUAUCCUUCUUCGCGAUCUGGUAUCUUGGCUGCAUGA